ACAGAAGCAACUACGGCACAGUUCACACAGUCACACUUCACACACUGCAGCCAUCUGAGUUCACAGCACCAUGUCCAGUAUAGCUAACCACUUGGCCAAGAGGAAAGCUACGGAGGAAGGUGAAGGCAGCAACGACAAGGCCAUCCCCUUUAACAAGCAAGACUUCCAGACCCUGAGGAGAGAGUGUCUGGAGAGCGGGAAACUCUUCACUGACACAUCCUUCCCUGCUGAUUGGAACUCUCUUGGGUACAAUGAGUUGGGUCGCUACUCUUCAAAAACCCGGGGCGUGGAGUGGAAAAGACCAACGGAGUUGUGCUCAAGCCCUCAGUUCAUUGUUGAAGGAGCCACAAGAACUGACAUCUGCCAAGGGGCUUUGGGUGACUGUUGGUUGCUGGCAGCCCUUGCCUCUCUUACCUUGGACAAAGACAUCUUGGCUCGAGUGGUACCCCCUGGACAGAGCUUUGAGGAGAAUUACGCUGGCAUAUUUCACUUCCAGUUUUGGCAGUAUGGACAGUGGGUGGACGUUGUGAUUGACGAUAGGCUGCCCACAAGAGAGGGGAAACUGCUGUUUGUUCACUCAGCUGAGGGCUCAGAGUUUUGGAGCGCCCUGCUGGAGAAGGCCUAUGCUAAAGUCAACAGUUCCUAUGAGGCCUUAUCUGGGGGCUCCACCACAGAAGGCUUUGAGGACUUCACUGGGGGCAUCGCUGAGACAUAUAAUCUUAGCAAAGCCCCACGGUACCUGUUCAAAAUCAUGAAGAAGGCCCUGGGGCUGGGUUCUCUUUUGGGCUGCUCCAUUGAUAUAACAAGUGCGUACGAGACGGAGGCAGUUACUCGUCAGAAGCUGGUGAAGGGGCAUGCAUACUCAAUCACUGCAGCAGAAGAGGUACACCUGCAUGGGACUCCAGUUGAGCUGGUGAGGAUCAGAAACCCCUGGGGUCAGGUGGAGUGGACGGGUGCCUGGAGCGAUGAUUCCAGGGAAUGGGAUGGAGUACGGCCGGAGGAGAAAUCCAAGCUAGACCACUCUGCAGAAGAUGGAGAGUUUUGGAUGGCCUACUCCGAUUUCCUAAGGCAGUACUCCAAGCUGGAGAUCUGCAACCUGACUCCAGACACGCUGGUCAGUGAUGAAGUGGGUCACUGGAACCACUACCAGUUUGAGGGGAUGUGGAGGGUAGGCUCUACUGCUGGAGGAUGCAGGAACAAUGCAGCCACAUUCUGCUCUAACCCCCAGUUUGCCAUUAAAUUGGAUGAUGUGGAUGAUGACCCUCAUGAUGGCAAGGAUGGCUGCACCUUCUUGGUGGGCCUCAUGCAGAAAGACGGCCGCAAAGAGAGGAGGUUCGGCCGGGACCUCAACACCAUUGGCUUUUCAAUAUACCAGGUUCCUGAUGAGUAUAAGGGCCGCACCAACAUCCACCUGGGCCCAGAUGUGCUGCUGAGACAGAAGUCUGUGGCAAUGAGUAGCACCUUCAUCAACCUGCGGGAGAUCUGUGACCGCUUCAAGCUGCCCCCCGGGGAGUACGUCAUCAUCCCCUCCACGUUUGAGCCCCACAAGAAGGGCAGCUUCCUCUUGAGAGUCUUCUCUGAGAAGCAUGCUGCCACCAGUCCAAUGGAAGAGGAUAUCAGUGUGGAAGUUGACGAGCCUGAUAUUACAGAGGGUGAUGUGGAUCCCUACUUCAAACGUCUAUUCUUGCAGAUUGCUGGAAGCGAUUCUGAAGUUUCUGCCUUUGAACUUCAAAAGAUUUUAAACAGAGUGGUCACUCAGAGAUCUCACAUCAAAACUGAUGGAUUUAGCCUCGAGACCUGUCGUCACAUCAUCAGUCUGUUGGAUAUGGAUGGCAAUGCAAAGUUGGGCCUGGUUGAGUUCCAUACUUUGUGGACUAAGAUCCAGAAGUAUUUGGAAGUCUUCAAAAGUCACGACUCUGACAACUCUGGCACGAUGAGCACCCACGAGAUGAGGGGGGCGUUGGCUGAAGCAGGAUUUCAGCUUAACAGCGAGGUGCUCCAGCUAAUUGUGUCCCGCUACGCUAACUCAGAGUACUCCAUGGACUUUGACUGCUUCAUGGGCUGCCUGAUACGACUGGAAAUGCUAUUUAAAAUGUUCAAAACGCUUGACAAACAUGACAGUGGGAAGAUCGAAUUGGAUGCAUUGCAGUGGGUUUGCCUGGGCCUCAAUUAGAAUUCCAGAGAUAAUAAUCUACUACAGGGACAGAUGAAGACAUACAACUCAAUUGCAUUGGACUCUAUGGCUAAGAUUUCUCAAUGUGUUAUUUUACUGUUGCUUUUAUUGAAUUAGACUUGGACAAAAUACUUUAUAGGGCUCUUGUCUACAGUAGCCUAUGGAUCACUCUACACCAGGGUUGGGGUCAAUCAGAUUUAAAAAAUAUUUUAUAUUUUACCAUAAGACAUAUUGAGACCUAGGUCUCUUUUUCAAAUGUGCCCUCCACAAUACAACAAAAAAUAUACACAUUAUGGGAAGCACAAGUAAAACAUCACAAAUCACGCAGAAAAACAGUUACAUUCCUACACAAUUAAGUCCCCAAUCAAUACUCUAAACUGCCCGAACAGCACCAGAAUAUUAAGAUGAAAUUUAUUUUGAAUUUUGUCCCAGCACCACGGUGCUUUAAAAGUAAAAAGCAGAUUUACCUAGCUUGGUGGAGACCCUAAACUCAAGAUUUAACCAAUCCUGUGAACAAGUUAGGCAACUCAUGUGUCUAUACUUCAACAGCAAAGUUAGAAGUUUGUGAAGUGGGGCCUUGUAAACGAAAACGGAGUAAUGUAGAGAUCUACGGAUCUUUAGCGAAGUCCAGCCAACCUAUUGAUACAGUCUGCAGGAAUGAGUAUCACAACUGUCACCUGUAACAAACCGAAGGGCACAAUGGCAUACAAAGAACCAUCUAAUGAGGGAACAUGUAGUUCCUCUUAAACAUUCUUACUAGAGUAUUUUUUUAUAAAACAAACAUGGAUUUUGUUUUGCCCGUACAUAUAAUUCAUUUAAACUCAGAAUUGAAAUUUGAAUUGAGACAUGAAAAGUCUCAUUCAUAUUACUAAAAGCAUCUGCCACUAGCCAUAUCACUGCAAAAAUUGAAUAUAACAUUUAAAAUAACUUGAUUAUCACUGAAAUGUUUUUUUUUAUGUUUUAGUUUUUUAGAUGUUAGGUUGUUACUAUAUUCAUGAUAUACAGUGAGCUCCAACAGUAUUGGGACCGUGACAAUUUGUUUUGAAAUGAUACAAUGACUAUGAGUUUGAAGUGCAGACUGUCAGCUUUAAUUUGAGGGUAUUUUCAUCCAUAUCGGGUGAACUGUUAACAAAAUACAUCACUUGUAGGGGACCAAAAGUAUUGGGACAAAUUCACUUAUACAGUAUGUGUAUUAAAGUAGUCAAACGUUUAGUAUCGGUCCCAUAUUCAUAGCACGCAAUGAUUACAUCAAGCUUAUGACUCCACAAACUUGUUGGAUGCAUUUGCUGUAUGUUUUGGUUUUGUUUCAGAUUAUUUUGUGCCCAAUAGCAAUUAAUGGUAAAUAAUGUAUUGUGUCAUUGGAGUCACUUUUAUUGUAAAUAAGAAUAAUAUGUUCCUAAACAUUUCUACAUUAAUGUGGAUGCUACCAUGAUUAAGGAUAGGGAAUAAUGAUGAGUGAGAAAGUUACGGAUGCACAAAUACAGACAUGCUAACCUCUCACCAUUACAAUAGGGAGGUUAGCAUGAUAUUUGUGCGUCUAAUUUUCUCACUCAUUAUUCCUUAUUCAUUAAGGACUAUCCUUAAUCAUGACUAUUCAUUAUUCACGAUUCAUUCAGAACUAUCUGUAAUCAUAGUAGCAUCCACAUUAAUGUAGAAUACAGACACACAAGUAUCCUACCCCCCAAAAAAUGCUAACUUCCCCUGUUAUUGUAAUGAUGAGAGGUAAGCAUGUCUUGGGGGUAUGAUAUUUGUGCGUCUAACUUUCUCACUCGUCAUUAUUCACAAUUCAUUCAGGACUAUCCGUAAUCAUGGUAGUAGUCACAUUAAUGCAGAAGUGUUUAGAUACAUAUUAUAUUCUUAUUUACAAUAAAAGUGACUCCAAAAAGAGACAGUCAAUAGAAAUUAAUGGUCAAUAUUGUAUUAUGUACAAAAAGUGCUGUAAUUUAUCAACGCUUCACCCAAUAUGGAUGAAAAUACCCUCAAAUUAAAGCUGAUAGUCUGCACUUUAAACUCAUUGUAUCAUUUCAAAUCCAAAGUGCUGGAGUAAGUGCCCAAAAAACAAAAUGUGUCACUGUCUCAACUUUUGUAGCUCACUGUAUCACAACCACUUGUGCAUUAUUGCUUAAUUAUAGACGGCCUACAAAAUGGCCUUAGACUAUUUAGACAAAGACUACUGCAAAUCUUCUAAUUUUUUAGAUAGUAUAACAAUAUAUAAUUGAAAUGAUAUAGUGAUGUAUAGAAUAAAUAACACAUUAGCUGCAUACCACUGCUGGCUUGCUUCUGAAGCUAAGCAGGGUUGGUCCUGAUCAGUCCCUGGAUGGGAGACCAGAUGCUGCUGGAAGUGGUGUUGGAGGGCCAGAAGGAGGCACUCUUUCCUCUGGUCUAAAAAAAUAUCCCAAUACUGCCCUGUGUAGGGUGCUGUCUUUUGGAUGGGACGUUAAUUGGGGGUCCUGACUCUCUGAGGUCAUUAAAGAUCCCAUGGCACUUAACGUAAGAGUAGGGUUGUUAACCCUGGUGUCCUGGCUAAAUUCCCAAUCUGGCCCUCAAAACCAUCACGGUCACCUAAUAAUCCCCAGUUUACAAUUGGCUCAUUUAUCCACCUCUCCCCUGUAACUAUUCCCCAGGUCGUUGCUGUAAAUGAGAACGUGUUCUCAGUCAACUUACCUGGUGAAAUAACGAAAAAAUAAAUUUUCAUUCAAUUUCCUUUCAUUCCAAUUCAAAUUCAAUUGGAAUUAAAGCGCAAAUAUAAAAUCUAUUCUGCAUCGAAUAUCGCUCUAGUGCUAUACUCAUACAUAUGAUUUAAUUGCACGUGUCAUUACUGGAACAUAAUUAUAAAUAAUUUGUACACUGCAAAUUGAUUCAACAUAUAUAGAUUUCCUAAAUUAAAAUCACUUAAAUCACCAGGAAA